ACUUCCUCCGUUAUUUCCAAGAAAUCUGUUCAAAAUGAAUGGAUGCUCUCCUCUAGCUCCCACAAGCAGAAGAUUAGAAGGCAAAGUAGCCAUUAUCACUGGAGGAGCUAGUGGUUUUGGAGAAAGUACAGUUAGACUUUUCCUACAAAAUGGAGCAAAAGUUGUUAUAGCAGAUGUUCAAGACAAUAUAGGCCAAUCCCUUUGCAAUAAUCUCAACUAUCCAAAUGAUGUUACAUACAUCCAUUGUGAUGUAACAAGUGACUCGGACGUUAAAAAUCUCAUUGACACAACAAUUUCCAAGUAUGGCAAACUUGACAUCAUGUUCAACAACGCAGGAAUUCCAGGAAAUCUUGAUUUCAAUAUAGUCGAUUCGGACAACGAAAAUUUCAAAAAGGUAUUUGAUGUUAAUGUUUAUGGAUCAUUUCUUGGAGCUAAAUAUGCUGCUAAGGUUAUGAUCCCAGCUAAAAAGGGUGUCAUUCUUUUUACUUCAAGUGUAGCUUCUGUUAAUUCAGGUGAAUCACCACAUUCUUAUACUGUUUCAAAACAUGCAGUAGUGGGAUUAACAAAGAAUUUAUGUGCUGAAUUAGGUCAAUAUGGGAUUAGAGUUAAUUGUGUUUCUCCUUGUGCUGUGGCUACACCACUUUUAGUUAAAGCAAUGGGAGCAGAUAAGAGUGUGGUUGAUGGGAUUAUUUGCUCGUCGGCGAAUUUAAAAGGGGUGGUGCCGACGGCGGAGGAUGUGGCGGAGGCGGCGUUGUAUUUGGCUAGUGAUGAAUCUAAGUUUAUUAGUGGACUUAAUCUUGUGAUUGAUGGAGGUUAUAGUACUACUAAUCAAGCUUACAUGAAAACUAUCCAAAGUGUUCUUUCCUCAGUGUAGUUUUUUAUUAAGUUUUCUUCGUUCUUUCUUUAUUUCUCAUUAAGUUUUUCAUUUUCCUUUGUGGAACCGAAGAUUUUUAUAAUUAUUGAAUAAUGACAUUGGUAUUACUAUUUAAAGAAUUUUUGUUUCAA